GUGAGCAGUUCAUCAAAGAUUGUUUCUGCAACAUUCUAGCGUUUUCCGAGUGUUUUUCCUGUUUUAUGUGUGUGCUAUGACCGAAAAAUGGUGGAGAAGUGUCCAUGACACGCAAAGAUGGCUACCCUAGGGCUAUCAAAGGUCUUCAUCCUAGACAAGUACUUCACCGAACUGCAAAAGUUCUGGGAGACCGAGAAAAAACUUCAAGAUGCUUCCUCGUCGAACGAAGCUGUUCACCUGCAACAGCGCCUACGUAGCUUAAGCACCGAACUGGUAACACUGCGCAACCGCCUCCAUGUGCAGGGCGGUCCACAUCAGCCGCAACAGCAGCAACCGACGGCAAAAUCUUCUAAUGCUGCUACCACCAAAGAAGCAAAACCCCUGCUAUCGGCAGCGUUACCUCCUGCUACCAGUCACCUGCAGCUGGAGGUACUGUCGAGAAAAAGUUUCAAUGUACCUGACCUUUUCGUCUCCUCAUCACAAUCUUCUAUAGCAGAUCUGGAAGAUCUCAUCCAUCUUCAUGGUCCCCUCACGGAGGAUGCAGUUAUGAAGUGCUUGCAAGCCAGGUUCCAAGCAUCAUAUUUUUAUACGAACGUCGGACCCAUACUUCUUUGUGUGAAUCCCUAUAGAGAUGUAGGAAAUCCUCUCACCCUGAGCAGUACCAGGAACCUAGCUUUGAGUAUUCAACUCAACAGGGUAGUUCAAGAAGCUGUUCGGCAACAAUCAGAAACUGGUUACCCCCAGGCGAUAAUUUUAUCUGGUACAAGUGGAUCAGGAAAGAGUCAUGCUUCCAUGUUACUGCUGAGGCAGCUAUUUGCCGUAGCUGGGGGAGGACCAGAGACUGACGCUUUCAAACACUUAGCUGCCGCCUUCACAGUAUUACGUUCCCUAGGUUCAGCAAAGACUCAGAAAAAUUCGGAAGCAAGUAGAAUUGGUCAAUUCAUAGAAGUACAAGUAACAGAUGGAGCACUCUAUCGCACGAAAAUUCAUUGCUACUUCUUGGAUCAGACGAGAGUCAUAAGACCAUUACCAGGUGAAAAAAAUUACCAUAUUUUUUACCAGAUGCUCGCCGGUUUGUCCAAUGAGGAGAGAGCGAAACUCAAUCUCGAAGGACGUUUCCCAUCGACCAUAAAGUAUCUUCAGUAUGGAGAUACAAAGCAAGAUUUGACAGAGGAUUUCAACAGGUUUCAAGCAUGGAAAAACUGCCUCGGGAUCCUGGGCAUCCCUUUUCUAGACGUCGUUCGUGUUCUCGCAGCCGUUCUACUACUAGGUAACGUACAAUUCAUCGAUGGAACGGGCUUAGAAGUUGAUGUCAACGGAGAAAAAGAACUCAAUGCCGUAGCCGGACUACUAGGCGUGUCGGGAACUGCCCUAUUUCGUGGACUAACUUCCCGUUCCCACAAUUCAAGAGGACAGCUUGUGAAGUCUGUUUGUGAUGCGAAUAUGUCGAAUAUGACAAGAGACUGCCUUGCUAAAGCUUUAUAUUGCCGUACCGUAGCUACAAUCGUUCGGAGAGCUAAUAGUCUCAAAAGAUUAGGGUCCACCCUAGGCACUCUCAGUUCAGAUAGUAAUGAAUCUGUCCAGAAUCAAGCCGAAGUCACCAGUCAACACACUUCAACCGUUGGUGGAAGCACACAUGCGGGUAGCAAAUCAAUGGCGGCUCUGAACAAUGCAGUAAGACACGCAACAGAUGGUUUCAUUGGUAUUCUUGAUAUGUUUGGCUUCGAGGAUCCCAAACCAAGUCAAUUGGAACAUUUAUGUAUCAAUCUGUGUGCUGAAACCAUGCAACAUUUUUAUAACACCCAUAUUUUCAAGUCCAGCAUUGAAUCCUGUCGUGAUGAAGGCAUAAACUGCGAAGUUGAGGUUGACUAUGUAGACAAUGUACCAUGCAUCGAUCUAGUAUCUUCUCUACGUACAGGUCUCCUCAGUAUGUUAGAUGUAGAGUGUUCUAGUAGAGGAACAGCUGAAUCCUACAUUUCCAAAAUCAAAGUUCAACAUAAGAGCAAUAAUAGAUUAUUUGAUCCACAGCCAUUAGAUCCAAGGAUGUUUGGUAUUCAACAUUUUGCUGGCAGAAUAGUAUACGAUGCUACAGGCUUUUUAGAAACGAAUAGAGACGUCAUUUCAGACGAUUUAGUAGCAGUGUUUUAUAAGCAUACUUGUAACUUUGGCUUUGCAACACACCUUUUUGGUAGUGAACUAAAAGCGCUCUUUUCUGUCGAAACAGUACCAAGAGGAGUUAGUUUCAGAAUAUCCCCAACUUCUCAUGCUGAUCUCCUCAACGGGGAUGAACCUAUAUCUACACUAACUCAAGAUUUCCACACGAGAUUAGAUAACCUACUGAGAACACUGGUGCAUGCGAGACCCCACUUUGUGCGCUGUAUAUGCAGUAAUUCCCAGGAAACUGCGAAUAAAUUCGACCGUGGAACAGUGGUUCGACAGAUAAGAUCAUUACAAGUCCUAGAAACAGUGAACCUGAUGGCAGGUGGUUAUCCACAUCGUAUGCGGUUCAGAGCUUUCAAUUCAAGGUAUCGUCUUUUAGCACCUUUUGCAACGAUACAUAGGACAGAAGAAAAAGUGAUUGAUGAUAGUAAUUUGAUUUUGCAAUAUGUAUUGGAUUCGAUAACAAAGCAGCAAGGUCUCGUUUCGAAUAGCUUCGCAAUGGGUAAGAGACAUAUAUUCCUCAGCGAAGGAAUCAGACAACACUUGGAAAAACUGAGGAGUGACACGCGUCAAAAAGCUGCAAUAUUGAUACAGUCCACAUGGAGAGGUUGGCAUUGUAGGUAUCGUUGGGCAACAUUGAGAAAAGAGAAGACAUGCAAUCAGCCGCCUGUAUCACGAAAUAGUUUGGUUAGUACUAGACCAAGACCACAACCUAUCGCUGGUACUCCUCCACCUGAUCUCAACGAGAAAUGUGAUUCUAAAAUAAUUCAACUGACCUGCAGUUUAUACGGUUUAGACCUGGAACGGCCUCCACCUGUACCUCCGAGUCGAUCUUAUACUGUCACCGGCAAUACCAAACAUGGUUAUCCCCAAGCACGACUUAUGAAAAUGAAUUUUCCUGAGGAAAAUAAUGGUGAAGGGUCGGUUUUACACAAAGGAGAGACUGUUUUAGUCAUAGGAGCUUCUCAUCGUAGAGGUCAUUUGAUAGUCGAACACGAGAAUUGUAAUCUACAUGUUCCUUUCCAAUUUAUGGAGUUGAAACAAAGUGUCAAUAUUUGAUCUUGCCAUUAUUGAAUUAGAGAUAGUUUUACUAGAUUGACUGUAAUAUAAUCUCAUGGGAGAAUAUCAAUAAAUAUUACCUAUUUU